AGCAGAUUAGAAAUGUUGGUGCGGAUUACUUUAUAACCCAGAUUGAGGGAGAGGAGAGGGAUUCUUCAGUAGGAUUUUGGUGGUGAAGGACCGCUUCCUGUGAGCAUUCAGGAUGCCAGUCAUAAAUGUGGAUGACCUGACGGACAAAGAUAAGGCUGUGAUGGAAGUGAACCAACUCAAAAUUGAAGUAAAGCUUGAGAGGUGGUUGACAUCCAAAUGCUGUGAGGAAAUCAAGGAGUACAUUCAGGCUGGCGUGGAGGAGGACACCCUCGUCAAAGGCAUUUCAGAGGAGAAGAACCCCUUCAAGGAGAAAGGUGGCUGUGUCAUCUGCUGAAAUGGACCUGAGGAGCUUUUCCUAUCUCAGAUUAGUACCCAAGGACAUUCUCCCGCCCCUUGUAAAGUGGAUUUGCUGACUGAGAAGACUAGAAGGACAUGAUAAAGACAGGAGUUAUACAACUGCACGAGCUACCCUAUAAAUGAAUUUACCAUUUUUUGGGGUCAGCUAAAUUUUGUUCUGCACGAGUUCCAGCAACAAUGCUUCCCUCUCAUGUGAUGUAAAUAGUCUGAGUAAAAUGGGCCUGUGUGUUGUUUCAUGCACUGAAGCAACUGUCAUUAAACGUGCAUGUUGAUAACUCAAA